AUGCUGCCUCAUCACACGCACCAAGAUGGUGGUAUUGCAGAUGCGGGAACAGAGUUUUCCUUAGAACAGGACUCAGUCGCACCUCAACUUUCGCGAUCAGCUCAAAGAGGCGCAAGCUCACCACCGGGGUCCAAUAUCCCACGAACUUUUCAGCUGACCAACAGCACCAAUCGAGGUCAAUCAUCGAACCCCCCUGAAGGUGCUGGGACGGGUGCGAAUCGUUCUACUGGAAGGACCAGUCAUCCGCUUCCAAAAGCAAAAAGGACCGUCGAGGUAAAGACUGGCAAUAAGCUACUACGCCUGUUUGGGGUUGAACGUACUUCGGUCCAUGAUCUCCAAGUUAUAACAGUCGACGAGUUCCGUGAUGUUGAGGCUGAGACAAGUUACGAGAAGUACAUCGACUAUCUCCGCAAUGCACCUCCAGAGAAGAAUCCCUUAGGUCAUUUCCGCAAGAUCAGCAGAAUGCUGAUGCCUCAGCGCGCUCUAGCGUCAAAAAAGAGUAGAGAGAACCAGGAUUUCCCUGUCCCUUUCAUUCAAUUCACAGGACUAUACCACGAGGGAGAGGUGAUGUUCUUGCAUGCGGAAUUGUUUCGCAUCAGGUAUCGCCCUCCUAUGCCUGUAUGCUAUGUCGUACAGCAGAUACAAUUGUUGGCAGACGACGGGAACGAGGUUGAGACACUGAAUUCUAAUCCAGGCACUCUAUGCGGUGCCUUAGUCGCGAUCGGCACCGGGAAUAGCCGCCAAAUCAGUACCAUUGGCGGCAUUGUCGAAAGCAAUGAUGAGUAUCUUGCUCUCACCACCAGUCAUGGCUCUCAUGAAGCUAUUGAUGCCUCACCUCAAAUCAAGAGCUUCUUUAUGCCCAAAGCUAGAGUCGACGUCAAACUCAACGAGGAUGAAUAUGGAGAUGAUAUUCCUCCACCGCUCGUGGUAGACACGGGUCAUUUCCACAAAAGACCAAUUAAACAACUACUGGAUAACAAGGCUACCCCUAUUUCGGCUCCUGAUCCUGCCGAUGCCGGUCCUCUAGGCAAGGUCCUACACACAGGAACUGAUUGGUCCUUGCUUCGAUUGGCUGAUCAGCUCGUUCCGCCAAACUGCAUUGAUGAGAGACUAGUGAAGCUGCAUGAACAACCUCUCGAGGACAUUCUGGAUGACGUGGUCUUCUUGAGUCGAGCCGCCCCAGAACCAGAGGCUUGCGAAGUUCUUGUUUAUGGAGGGCGAGGUGGCUUAAACAAGCUUAAUCUUACAAAGAGACCAGCCGAUUUAAUGCUCCCUUCAGGGGUCUGGAUACGACCUUGGAAGGCGAGACAUAAGCCAGCUUUCAGAUGCCAACUACAACGAGGAGAUUCCGGUGCUUGGGUCGUUAGUAUCAACAAACGCACCGCCUAUGGCCAUGUCAUGGCUGUCACACCAGAUGACGUAUUGAUACAACCUCUUGUAGAUAUCUUCCAGGAUAUUCAGAAUCAGCAGAGACUGGACGUCAAGAUAGCAUCUCCAUUUGGGCAACUAGCAAAUCUUUCUAAGCACUACUAUUUCAGCAACGAGCACCGCCUGGCAAUUAGUCUUGCGCGAAAAGCUUUGGAUCCAGGAGUUAUAUCUCAGUCAAUUGAGGGAAAACAAGUGACAGCUAUGCUACAUGGCUUCAUGAAGCAUACUGAUGAAGGGGACAAGUUCCUAUCGAAGUAUUCCAGAAGCCAUCUUGCCGACUUCCUUACAAACUUGAUAAUGUGCACUGGGCGAAACAUCGAUCUUAUUCGCUCCCCUAAAUGGACGGAUGAUUGGAAAACUUUGUUUGGUACUCCGAUGAACAUGAUAGAAUAUGUCAACUAUCUGAAAGACGCCGGAGGCUUGGCGACACUUGACGAAAUUCAGGCGGCGUCAAGUCAGAGGACGAUUUUAGAUCAAGGUUCUCAAAGAAGAAGUCCCCAAGUCAAGGACAUCGAAGCGCAAAGACGACACCAGAACAGAGCUUCAAUGGCGCCAAAAAAGAUCAUAAAGCGAGCGUAUGACUGGAUCUCUAGCCUUUUCAACCAUUCCGAAAUGCAGUUCACAAUGGUCGGACUACCAGGUUGCGGUAAAUCAGAUCUCCUGCGUGACAUCUCCCACCACGAUUCAGCCACGGCCCCAAUGUCCGCCGUCGGUUUCAGCACCACACGUGUACAACGAAACGGCAUCGUUGCGAAGAUCUGGGAUCUCAGUGAAGAUGUGGAGUGGCGACUGAACUGGCCAAGGUACUCACGAGGAGUCGACGGCGUCGUGUUUGUAGUAGAUACAGGAGAUUCAGAGCUUUUACCUCACGUUCGUCAACAGAUUCUGAUGCUCAUGAGCCAGCCCGCGCUUUCUGGUGUCUCACUCAUAAUAUUCGGGAAUAAUUAUAGCGGCCACAGAAGACUGACGACCGAGGAGUUGAAAUUGAAGUUGGAUUCGGACCAUAUAAUGAACGGUCUGCGUGUUGAUUUAUGGGUUGGUGAUGGAGCGAAUUUUGAUGAGUUUCUUGACUUCUUGUUAAAUAGGAGAAAGGAAUAA